AUGUACUCCACCGUUUUAUCUGUUUUCGCAGUUCAACUAUUCGCUCAAAGUUUAGCCACUAUUGCAGGCCCAGGAGUUGGUAUUGGAGCUGGUCUCUCAGGAGUAAAUGCUUUCGGUAUUGGAAAUGCAUUGUUGGGUAAUGGAAUCAUUGGAGCUGGUUUACCUGGUGUCGUAAACGCAGAAGUUACUUCAGUUAAUGGACUUGGUGCUCUCCCAGGAGUAAAUGCUUUUGGUGUUGGAAAUGGAUUGUUGGGUAAUGGAAUCAUUGGAGCUGGUUUACCUGGUGUCAUAAACGCAGAAGUUACUUCAGUUAAUGGAAUUGGUGCUCUCCCAGGAGUAAAUGCUUUUGGUUUUGGAAAUGGAUUGUUGGGUAAUGGAAUCAUUGGAGCUGGCUUACCUGGUGUCGUAAAUGCAGAAGUUACUUCAGUUAAUGGACUUGGUGGUUUUGGUUUUGGUAGUGGAAUCCUUGGAAACGGUUUAGGAGGAAUACUUCCACCAUGUUCAUCUGUAGCCGGCCUAGGUUUGGCCAAUGGACUCGUCGGAGUUGGUGCUCCAGGUAUCGUGUCCACCGAAGUUACUUCACUUAAUGGACUUGGUGCUUAUCCAGGAUUAGCUGGAUUAGGUCUUGGCAAUGGAAUCCUUGGAGCUGAAUUCACUUCAAUCAAUGGACUUGGUCCUUUCCCAGGAGUAGGUUUGGGUUUGGGUAAUGGAUUGGUUGGAACUGGUUUCGGUUUUGGUAAUGGAAUCCUUGGAAGCGGAUUAGGUUUUGGCACUGGACUCGGUGGAUUGACAAACAUUGAAGUUAGUGGUCCCCUUGGAGUUGGAUUUGGAGUUGGUCCAUUCGGAUUGUAA